UAUUUUCCUUGGGUGACAUAUCAAAAUCAAUUGUUUUCGCUCAGCUGUCGGAGCUCAGUGACGGGAUAUUUCUUGUGAUACGAAAAUUUAAAAAUGAUGGGCUCUUUGAAAAUCGAAGAUGUGUUUAUACAAGUUCGUGAUAAAUUGCAACGGGAUGGUAUUAAAUUGUGGUUGUCGCCGUAUUUCAACGAUCCGAUUGGGCCUUCCCAAGAGGAUAUAGAGAGUUUAGCAAAAGAUUACUGCAAGUCUCUGAACAUGGAUUUUGAUGCAUGCCAUGCAGCUAUAUCAGAGUUACAAACCAAUGCCAUCGAGAAGCUGAAGCAGAGGGACAGAUUUAAGGAGAGCGGAGUUGCAACUAUCAAGAUCAAAAUUUUGAACCAGAAUCCGCCCAAGUUAAUCAGCAAGGAGAUAUUGUUGUCGACUGUGGGAAUGAACUUUAAAGUAUUAAUAUCAGAUGAAGUCAACAUCCCCAUUGAUAGACUUAAGCUGAUUGCCAAUGGGAUUGUUAUUAAGGAAACUGAAAUGCUAUCACAGCAGGGUAUAAAGAAUGGUUCCCUGGUCUUGGCUAUUGUCCUGAAGGAAAGUUUAACUGAGAUCCAUGAAAAUGAAGCCAGGGUUAAAGACAUUGAGAAAACCAAAGAAGAUACUUCUUUGUUGGCCUCUGACGUUUCAUACAUGCAGCUUGAAGAUCAGCAUGGUAAUGCCAUCCAAAUUCCGGAUUCAGAGAAAAAGGCUUUGAUGAUUGCUAUGGCGCUUCACGAGAAAGGUCGUAGUGCGCUGAAAAAAGAGGAUUACGCUCGCGCUUUAGUGUUUCUUCUGGACGCUGACAAGGAGUUUAGUCGUUGCAACUCGGCGUUGUUGAAUUCCGUGGACAACUACGCCCUCCUAGACUUGGACAUAGCCUGGUGCUUUCUUUGUCUGCAAAGUUUCGUGCAUUUGCCGGAAGCAUACAGCAGGUUGAAACGAUGCGAGGAUAUGUUUCACAGAAGCUACGGACCUAAUCUGGAGAGAUUAAUAGCUGUGAAAGGAUCAACGGGAAACGAGGCAGCGCUUUUCACGCGUUUGCAUUUACUGCAGGCCAUCGUUUUGUAUCAUCAGAAUGACAGGGAAGCAGCCUUGAAGAUGUUCGAGAAAUGCAGAGAAGAGUUAUCCGAACUCAAAGUGGAUGAAAAUAAAAUGCUAGCUCUAGUGGAAUUAGGAUACACAGUGCCCGAAGCAAGGUUGGGCUUGAGAUCGACACACGGCGAUGUUAAUUUGGCUGCAAAUUAUAUCAAUGACAACAGGAACAAGCGUAUUGACAGUAGGAAGAAAGCUUUGACGGAGAAAUUAUUGAAAAAGGAGAGAAAGCAAUUGGGAAAAUGCGUUGAUGGAAAGCAGUAUGUGAAUCCUUUAUUUGUCCGAAUGCUGAUUAACAUGGGAUACAGCAAGCAAGCGGCGAAGGUGGCUCUUCAGAAAACCAACAACAUCAUUUCGGAUAGUAUACAGUACAUCCAAGAACACCCACAGGCUGGGCCGAGCAACACGAGAAGCGAGGAAUUCUUUUUGUGGCUCGAAGAAUUAGCUCCAGAGCUAACCUCCGCUGGUUUCGAACUGACUAUGGCGAUAAAGGCUCUGCAAAAGCACAACGGUGAUUUGAUAUCGGCCGCUGAGGAGCUGCUAAACAACAACGGAAUUGUCGACGAAACAGAUCUGGAUUUGCCAGAUAUUCCUUCUAGCAUCAAGAAGCCGAGGACCGAAGAUGAAGACGAGCGUCUCAAGAAGGAAGCGGCUUGGAACCGCCUCAGUCAGGACAUAUCUAUGGUCGACGAUGACCAUUUAGAUUUAACGCUAGAGAGGGAAGAGGAUUUCCUCAAUCAGUAUCUAUCUUUAUUGUCCAAGUAAUUUUAUAUAUUAAUAUACAAUUCACAAAGGUAACUCAUCCUAGGUGGAUAUAAACCACUCAUAUAUUUUGUUGAAAGUAAUUUAAAAAAAAUAUAUACGUAUUA